UCCCUGCACCUCCUCCUCCACCUGGACAUUGUACCUUCGGUCCCCCUUCCUCCGCCGGGCAGGCCACCGUCAACGCCCUCUCCCCGCGCCACAGGCAGCCCUCCCCCUGCACGUCUCCCUCUGCGACCCCAGCAGGCAGCACGCAGCCACCAUGUUCAGCUGGUUGAAGCGGGGCGGGGCGCGGGGCCAGCAGCCCGAGGCCAUCCGCACGGUGACCUCGGCGCUCAAGGAGCUGUACCGCACGAAGCUGCUGCCGCUGGAGGAGCACUACCGCUUCGGGGCCUUCCACUCGCCGGCCCUGGAGGACGCCGACUUCGACGGCAAGCCCAUGGUGCUGGUGGCCGGCCAGUACAGCACGGGCAAGACCAGCUUCAUCCAGUACCUGCUGGAGCAGGAGGUGCCCGGCUCCCGCGUGGGGCCCGAGCCCACCACCGACUGCUUCGUGGCUGUCAUGCACGGCGACGCUGAGGGCACCGUGCCUGGCAACGCCCUCGUUGUUGACCCAGACAAGCCCUUCCGCAAGCUCAACCCCUUCGGGAACACCUUCCUCAACAGGUUCAUGUGUGCCCAGCUCCCCAAUCAGGUCCUCGAGAGCAUCAGUAUCAUCGACACCCCGGGCAUCCUGUCGGGGGCCAAACAGAGGGUGAGCCGUGGCUACGACUUCCCGGCCGUGCUGCGCUGGUUCGCGGAGCGCGUGGACCUCAUCAUCCUCCUCUUUGACGCGCACAAGCUGGAGAUCUCUGACGAGUUCUCGGAGGCCAUCGACGCCCUGCGGGGCCACGAGGACAAGAUCCGCGUGGUGCUCAACAAGGCCGACAUGGUGGAGACGCAGCAGCUGAUGCGCGUCUACGGGGCGCUCAUGUGGGCGCUGGGCAAGGUGGUGGGCACGCCCGAGGUCCUGCGCGUCUACAUCGGCUCCUUCUGGUCCCAGCCCCUCCUGGUGCCCGACAACCGGCGCCUCUUCGAGCUGGAGGAGCAGGACCUCUUCCGCGACAUCCAGGGCCUGCCGCGCCACGCCGCCCUGCGCAAGCUCAACGACCUGGUGAAGAGGGCGCGGCUGGUGCGGGUUCAUGCGUACAUCAUCAGCUACCUGAAGAAGGAGAUGCCCUCCGUGUUCGGGAAGGAGAACAAGAAGAAGCAGCUGAUCCUCAAACUGCCUGUCAUCUUUGCUAAGAUCCAGUUGGAGCAUCACAUAUCUCCUGGGGACUUUCCCGACUGCCAGAAGAUGCAGGACAUGCUGAUGGCGCACGACUUCACCAAGUUCCACUCGCUGAAGCCGAAGCUGCUGGAGGCGCUGGACGAGAUGCUGACGCACGACAUCGCCAAGCUCAUGCCGCUGCUGCGGCAGGAGGAGCUGGAGAGCACCGAGGCGGGCGUGCAGGGGGGUGCUUUCGAGGGCACCCACAUGGGCCCGUUCGUGGAGCGGGGGCCUGACGAGGCCCUGGAGGACGGCGAGGAGGGCUCGGACGACGAGGCCGAGUGGGUGGUGACCAAGGACAAGUCCAAAUACGACGAGAUCUUCUACAACCUGGCGCCCGCCGACGGCAAGCUGAGCGGCUCCAAGGCCAAGACCUGGAUGGUGGGUACCAAGCUCCCCAACUCGGUGCUGGGGCGCAUCUGGAAGCUGAGCGACGUUGACCGUGACGGCAUGCUGGAUGACGAGGAGUUCGCCCUGGCCAGCCACCUCAUCGAGGCCAAGCUCGAGGGCCACGGGCUGCCCACCAACCUGCCCCGUCGCCUGGUGCCACCCUCCAAGCGGCGCCACAAGGGCUCCGCCGAGUGAGGCAACUACCACCCACUGGCCUUCCCUCCCACUGGCCCUGCUGUGGCUCCCCAGCUCCAGUCGGCUGCACGCACGCCCCUGUCCCGGCUCACGCACACCCUGCCUGCCCACCCCACCCAGCUGUAAGGACCGGCGGUCUCCCUGCCCGCUGCUGCCAGACACACCCCAGUUGAAGCGUUUAGUGGGGACCACGGGAGGGACAAGGCUUCACACCUCCACCGUCACAUAUACUCAGGCACAUCACGCCGACACCGACACAGCCAUCCAUCCAUUCAUCGCGCAUUCCAGUAUUUAUUGAGUAGCUACUACGUGCCUGGCCCUGUUCUGGGCACUGGAGGCACACACGUCUGCCCUCGCGGAGCUGACGCUGUCAGGAGAGGGCACCGACACAGUCACAGGAACACACGCUGAUGCUGGCAGGACCCCUUGCCUCACCUCUCCUGCCCCGCCAGGUGAGGACCCCCCAGCCCAUCAGGUCCUCAGGCCUUGGGACCACUGGGGGCUCAGAAGGGAGACACAAACUCCUACUUUUGCGGAUGGACCCCUCUUUAGCCCCCACCUCGGGGAAAGCGCCCUACUUCUGGCCACACCCGAUUCUCUGCUAAGGAUGCUGUAGCAGGCAGAAGGGCCGCUUCCUCCUUCCAUCCUCGCUCCUCCACUGUGCCCUCUCGGGGGUGUUUCUGUCCUGCGCCCCCCUGCCCGGACUGAAGUGCCGGCCUGCCCGGGCCCCCACAGCUGGCGGUCCUCUCCACCCACCCACGGUCCUGCCAGGUAUAAAGGCUCCAGGGCUUUCUUGUAGCCCCCUUUCCAGGGAUGUCGUGGGGGGGCGGUUCUUGGUGCUACAGCCCUCCCCCAUCCCGGCCCUCCUCACCUUUUCCUGCCUUCGCCACCCCCGGCAGGCGGCCUCACGGGAAAGGUGGGGAAGAGCAGGAGGGGUGGAGACGACGCCCCCUCCAGGUUGCUCGCUGGGAUUCCCACGCCCACCAUCGACCCCCACCCCACGCCUGGGAGGGGCCCGUGAACAGAAUUGAGUCCCCACAGAGCGAAUAAAGCCAAGGCUUCUUC